UGGAAGGGCAAAAGGGAACUUUUAAUAAAAUAACUUUCACCUUCUAAACCCAAAAACCCUCACUGGUAUCUCUUCGUACGCGCCACGCUUCGGUACCGGCCUCCUCCCUUCUCUGCUUAAGUCUUUGCGAUCGCCAGCGAGCGCACCCUCAGCUAAAGCAACACCCAUACUAAACUAUCUACCACUUGCAGCUGAAAAGCAAGCUAGCAAUCUGAGAAAAAUUAAUCAAUUGCAUGACUGCACCCUAGGCAAGUAUCAAUGGCUUACCGGCGCAGCCUUUGCACAAGAGCAAAUCUUAUAGCUCGACAAUAUCAUCCAUCGAUUGGUGUCUUUGGUCAAACCGAUGACCGUAAAAAACAACAUUUGGAUGAAGAUUCAAUUUCCCAUGACAGAAUCAAUAGUUUCUUGCAGAGGAGAUCAUUUGGAACCAGCUUUAAUAAGUCGUACAGGUCUAAUUUUUUUGAUCUUGGUAGAAAAUAUCCAAACACUUUCGUCUCCCCAAGCGCUGGUUCCUUUUUCUGUCGCUACAUGUCAAGUACCAUUGGCGAAGGGUCUGAAAACAUUGAGUUCAUGAGUAAUGUUGCAGAAGUUCUCACAGAUACAACAGUUCAAUCAGCUGCAUCUCAGGCUGCCGCUGCUAAUGAAGUAGUUCUUGCUGCUGCUGAUUCUUUUCUUCCUGUCAAGGGUGUGCAGUAUUUUAUAGAUGCUAUUCAUUCUUAUACUGGAUUAAAUUGGUGGGCUUGCAUUGUAUUAACAACCCUAUUGAUUCGUGGUGCAACAUUCCCUCUUUUGAUUAAUCAACUCAAAUCUACUGCCAAGCUUACUUUGUUGAGGCCUCACUUGGAGGAGGUGAAGAAGGAGAUGCAAGAAAAGGGUAUGGAUCCAGGGGCGGUUGCUGAGGGUCAACGAAAAAUGAAAAAUCUUUUUAAUGAGUUUGGUGUGAGCCCAUUCACUCCGUUGAAGGGACUUUUUAUUCAGGGUCCUGUCUUCAUCAGUUUUUUCCUCGCGGUUUCAAACAUGGCAGAGAAAAUGCCUUCAUUUAAAAAUGGUGGAGCAUACUGGUUUGUUGAUCUCACGACUCCAGAUACAAUGUACAUUUUCCCAGUUUUAACCGCGGUGACAUUCUGGGUCACAGUGGAGUACAACAUGCAAGAAGGCAUGGAAGGCAACCCUAUAGCUGGCACAAUGAAAAAUGUGAUGAGGGGUCUUGCUAUUGCUACGGUUCCCUUGACCAUGCAUUUUCCGAAGGCAAUAUUCUGUUACUGGGUUACAUCUAAUUUGUUCUCACUCGCAUACGGGGCUGCUCUCAAAGUUCCUGGGGUUAAGAAGGCCUUGGGUGUCCCUGAAAUACCAGAAGCCAAUAGAAACAACCCCACACCACCACCUGCCUUUUCGUUUUUUAACGCUAUGAAACAAGCAACAACAGCAUCCAAUGAAGCCACCACCACGAACACAUUAACCGCUCAACCAUCACAACCAUCACAACCAUCACAGUCCCAAGACCGAAAAAAUUCAUCAUCGUCAUUGAUAAGCCAGAGGCUUAGAAUCUUGGAGAAAGAAGUGAAGGGAAGGAAAAAGAUGAAGAACAAGAAAAAGUGAGACGCGUAUUGAGGACAUCACUUACAUUAUUUUAUUUAGACUUUUUCUGCCUGGAAGACUGUAGUAUUAUAUGAUUUAUUAUAACCCAGUUAAGUUUAGUCAUAAUUUUGCUCCAAUUGGUAAUUUUGAUACUCCAAAGAGAAAGAGAGAGAGAGCCCAGCCAAAAGAAAAAUAAAAAUUUCGCUUGUAGUGUUUCUACAAGUUCCAUUUGGAUCUGAAUAUUUGGAUUCUUCAAAAGAAGAAAAUUUUGUAAAAUAGAGUUGAGAUCUGUAGUAUUGAUAUUUAUUUAUUUA